AAGACAUCAAUUGAUUCUGUGAUCGUUACAGAAAUGCUGGUGUGAGCUCUUCAGGAGACAAUGGAGAGAAAAUGGACAUACUGCGCUGUCUACUCCAUCAUCCAGAUACAGUUUGUCAGGGGAGUAUGGGAAGAAGGAUUUAAUGCAAGAGAAGACGUUUUUGCUGUUCCUGGCUCUGAUGUCAACAUGACUUGCCAAACACAGCUGAAAGGCUUGUUGGUACAGAUGCAGUGGUCAAAGAUCACCGAUAAGAUGGAACUGAUUGCCCUUUAUCAUCCCCAAUAUGGCCUCCACUGUGCCCAUGGGCAUUCCUGCAAGUCACUAGUGGCUUUCAGAGAAAUUCCAGAGAACAUAAUGAUAUGGACUCUGCUCUUAAGGAAUGUAUCUUUGUCACUCAGUGGAAAGUAUGAGUGUAGCUUUACUCUGUAUCCGGAAGGCAUUUGGACUAAAAACUACGAACUUCUCGUUCAGAAUCAUAUUGCACAGGAUGAAUGGAGAAGCAAUCACACAAUAGAAAUAGAGAUAAAUCAGACUCUGGAAAUGCCAUGCUUUCAAAAUAGCUCCUCAGAAACUUCGUCUGAGUUCACCUUUACGUGGUUGGUGGAAGAUAAUGGAGCUCAGGAAAUGCUCAUCCAAGAUCACCACAUCAGCAGCUCCACAUCUUUUAAAGACAGAGUGAAGCUCUGUGCUAACUACGGACUCUGCCUCUCCCCAGUCCAAAUCCAUGACGAUGGUCGGCAGUUCUCUUGCCAAGUUAGACUCAGGUCUGGCAAAAUCUUGAGGAGUUCCACCACAGUCAAGGUUUUUGCUAAGCCAGAAAUCCCCAUGAUUGUGGAAAACAGUACCAUGAAUGUCCUGGGAGAGAGAAUAUUUACCUGCUCAUUAAAGAAUGUGUUUCCCAAAGCAAGCCUCACAUGGUUUAUAGAUGGAAGGCUUCUUCAAGGUGAAGAAGAAGGAAUAUACAUUACUAAAGAAGAGAGAAAAGGCAAAAAUGGAUUCUUGGAACUCAAGUCUAUUUUAACAAGGAUGCAUGGUAGUGAACCAGUCCAAUCAAAUAACCUGACCAUUUGGUGUAUGGCUCUGUCCCCAGUCCCUGGAAAUAAAAUGUGGAAUACUUCUUCAGAAGAGAUCACUUUUUUCUUAGGUUCUGUGAAUGUCCCAGCGGCAAUUCCACCCAAUGUCACUGAUGCCCCUUUGAGCCCUCAGCCUUCUCCAGCCAGCAGUGAAUCUCCUACCAGAUAUCCAGCUGCACCUUCAGUGACCCCCGGGGAUGUGAGUGCAUCAACGCCACACGCCAUCCCUCAAACAGUUUCAUGGAUACCCAGUGAAACAUAUAGUUCAUCCCCUUCAGGGGUAGGCUCAACUCUUCGUGAUGAUGUCUUCACCAGCACAACCAGUGAAUUUUCAGAAGCCCCCACAUCAAUCAAUGGAUCUACUAACAAUAAUCACAUCCAUAUCACCAGCAUUGUAGUUAAUAAGCCUGCUGGCAGAAUGUCCUGGCCCCUGACUAUAGCAGCUUUGCUCUUUUUCUGCAUGGCAUUGUUUGGUCUUGGAGUGAGAAAAUGGUGUCAAUACCAAAAAGAAAUCAUGGAAAGACCCCCACCUUUCAAGCCACCACCACCUCCCAUCAAGUACACAUGCAUCCAAGAACCCAUUGGAAGUGAUCUGCCUUGUCACGAAAUGGAGACACUCUAAUCCUUUGAGACUUCGCCUUACAGCAAAACUCUGCUGGGAUCCUAUUGAAAAGGUAGAUAAUGUUCUUCUUUAAUAUAAUCGCCCUCCAGCCAAGCCUCGCUGCUGCUGAAAUGGAUGUCAGAAGCAAAUGAUCUGUUUUCCCAGCAACUUACCCUGUGGGCAUAUGCCUGAAAUUUAGACAAGAGUGAAAGGAUAAGGCCACACUCACCUGCAGUGCAAAUUGUAGGGAUUUUGUUGCUUAUGUAAGAGAUAUGCAUUAGACUGCUCUCAUUAAAAAAUAAGUAUAGCAUUUUCAUUUUAACUCUGAUUAAGAGGACAACAGUGAUUUUAAGCGUGUGACCAUACCAGAUUCUCUUCUUCUGGAUGUCUUCCAACAUCCUGAACUGUCUGCCAAAAGCAUGAUGAUCUCUAACUUUUAUUGCAUUCCCUAAGAAAAUUUCAAGAAGAAAAUGUGAAAGUUCUAGCAAGUGUCCCAAAGGAUGAAGAGGUGCAGCUAGUCUUCAGGCUGAAAUACCAUUGUUUAUUUUCACUGAAGGAAAACGAAAUAGCCUGCUCAAGAUUCAGAUUUCCAAUCCUCUUUCACUCCCUUCUUCUCACCAUGUUUAUCCCAGACUCCUGCCAAAUGGAUCAGGAUGAGGGAUCAAAGAGACAUUGAGUAACAACCAGGUAGACUGCUAGAUAGAAGACUUAGUAGGCUGCUAAUAUUUUAUGAGCUAAGAAUGGUUUCAUUCUGUUUGCCUUUGUGUGUGUGUAUCAAACUUUGUGUGUCUGUUUGUAUCAAACUGCUACCAAACUGUUGCAUAAGUAAACAGGCAAUUGAGACCCAGUCUAACUCAUUUAAUUCCCAUUAUUCUCUUUUUCAUCUGGGGACUUUCCUGUUCAUCCAACCUGCCUAUUUUGAUCUGUCUUGAAAUAGAUAAUGGCCUCAAGUCAGACUAGUACUGAUCAAUUAAGCCCACUUCUACCAAUCUUUUACAAAAUAAUUCAAGCAGAAUGUAGAGGUGGUGGAGAAGAAAUCUAAUUAGCCUGAUGCGCUCUGUGUUCAGCAACAGUUUGUGAGUGAAUAAAUUGUCAAUCCCCUUGUCCUCCUAAACCCUCCCCAACUCCUUGCCCCAGGAGGGAAGAACAGAUGUUGUUGACAGUUAUAACGAUAGGCAAAUUCUAGGUGGACUUUCGUCCCCAAAGAAAUCUUUCUUGGUCCUUUGCAGUAUUCUUAUCCAUGACUGCACAAGAAAAUAACUUCAGGGUUGACUUUUAUUUAUUUAUUUUUUUAGAGUUUGUAUUUUUAAUACCAUUGCUGUCCCACUCCUAAUUAACUAAAUUAGUGUCUCUGAAGAGCAGGGUACAGGCAACAACACUCUUAGAUGAUUCACAUGUUCAGCCAAAGUUGAGUACUACUGAGCCUGGGGAAUCCCUGCUCACUGAGUAGAAUAAUAGAUACUUGGCCAGCCUCCAAGAUGACCUCCAGUGAUUAUUGCUUCCUGCUACCCAUACCCUGUACAAUCCCCAAUCACUGAGCAUAACUGACUUGUGUAAAGCAGGACCAGGAUUAAAGUAAAGCAAGUGGGGCAUCAAGGGUGCACAACUCAAGGAGAUAUUCACACUGAAGGUCAUGCGCUUGCACAAUCUUGAGAGUGAUUGCCCAGCCUAGCCCUGGUGUAACCAAUAAGAUACUGCAGAAAAGGCCAGAGUGUGACUUCCAAGGUUAGAUCCUAAAGUGUAUAGUAGUUCCCACCUUGAUCUCGCAUUUGAUCACUGGUUCUGGAGGAAGCCCUUUCUCAUGCUGUAAUGUCAUACAAGCAGCCCUAUGGAGGUCCAUCUGUGGAGAAACUAGAACCUCCUACAAACAAGCAGGGACCUGCCUGCCAUGAAGUGAGCCACCUUGGAAGCUGAUCCUCCUCUUAUGUCUUCAGAUAACUACAAUCUCAGAUGAUCUUUUGUCUGUGAGCUCAUGACAGCAAGAACCACUCAGCUGAGUUUUUUUU